AUGAGGAAGGUAAAGAGGGAGGAGCGGGAUGAGGAAGAUUCGAUAAUCAUGGAACAAAUUCAUGAAUAUUUAUUGAAGAAUGGGUGGGUAAGAGGUGUGGUGACCCACGGUGAAAUGGGUGCUGCUUCUACAAACAACAUAGACAAAUGGCUUGCUGAUUUCGAAAGCAGGAAGUUGAAACCAGUCAGCGGAUUUGACGAGAUUAAAGAUGGCAAAGUUAAAUAUCUUGAAGAAAUAUUGACGAUGAUGCCCAUAAAGAAACGGGUUCCUCAACUAGAUAAAGUAAUGGUUGAUGGAACAAACGUUCGGGAAAAUUUGCUGAAACAUGGAUGGUUUGUUGUUUCUGCAGAAAGGCUUGAUAUAUUUGGAGCAAGUGUACAUCCAUCCAACCAGAGCCAGAGAAGAGAGGAGGGGAAAUUGGACUUUGGAAUGAAUGCUAAUUGCAAUGAAAGCCACCAACUAGACAACAUGCAAGAGCCCAAAGGAGAUGUUGAAAAACUUCUGGACCUGAUGGCUUCACAGAAAAAACCCAAGAAAUCUGGUAAAUGCCGGGGAUCAGUAGAAAUGGUAAAAUUCCAGGAGAAUUUGCUGAAACUAGGAUGGUUAGGAAAAGAUGCCACAGCAUCGGAUGGAAAUUCAGUCGCCGAUACCUUAUUAGAGGAUACUGACAAGAUAACAAAACUUGAUAGAUGGUUUAAAGACUUUGAAGAUAAGAGAAACCAAACCAUCCAAACCAUGAAAUAUGCUGUUCCUACUGCUGUAAAUAAGGAUGUAGAAAAGCUUUUGGAUAUGUUUUCUUCAAAGAAAAGUUCUUUUCAAGCUAAUCCAAAUCAAGAGCCAAUGGACAAACUUAAACUUAGAGAGAAUCUUCUAGCAAAUGGAUGGUAUGCUGCACCUAACAUCAAACUGCCAGGACUUGCAGCUAAAGGAGACAAACGUGAAUCUGAAGCAAAAUCCAUGGAAAAUGUCCAGAUUUCAGCAGUUCAACAACGCAUUGGACAGCUUAACCAGCUUAACGAACAACAAGAGGAGUUGAAAAAUAAAAGCUACAUUGAACAUGUUUUGAAUAUGGUUGGAGGAAAUAAGCCACGAGAAGAAGUAGCUUAUCAAAAGGGAAAGGUUGACAAGGAACAGUUAAAGAAGAGUCUUCUGGCUAAAAACUGGUAUACCAUGGGAAUGAAAACCAUAAAUUCAGUUGACCCUCCUGCUGAAAAACCCAAUUUACUUGAAGAUUUCAGCAGAACAUCAGAGGAAAUAAAAUGUAUUAUAAAUAUACCAAGACAGGCUGAUAUAAAUUACAGUGAUAAUGAAAUUGACAAGACCUUUAAUGAUGUAGCUACUAAAUCCCAUGAAAAAUCAUCAAAGAAAACUAAACCUCAUAAAGCUGCCAUCAACAGUCUUCAUCAACAGGGCUGGCCAGUAAAUGAGCAAAAUCGGCAUCAGAUCACAGUAGUUAGAGUUUCCGAAUCCACUUACAAGAAUGAUGAUUCAAUAGGAUAUAAGCCAGUUACCAUCAAGAGAGAUACUAGCAGGGACAGUAUUAGACAGGAUAGAUUCUACAAUCCAAGACAGAGUAGAAGAGACAUAUUUGAGGCUCAAAAGAAAAGUAAAAUGGCAUCUAGCCAAUCCACAUCAUUAGAAAUUGAAGCUGCUGUAACUGGUGUGUCUCAUAACAAGACUUUGUUUGCAAGAUUCAUUAGAAGAUCUCGAAAAUUGAUGAGAAGAUUUUUCAAGUGUGGAAGGAAAGAGGAAUAAAUGAAUCCAAAUAUAGAUUUUUUUUUUGUGCAGAGAGUGCCUUGUAAAUACUAUAUGAGAGAUAUAUUAAAAAUUUAUGUU